GGCCCAAUACUACAAUCGGUGCCCCGAUUGGCCCAUAUUAUCCAGAAGGUCAAGGGCGCGAGAUCGAGUGACAACCUCCGUACGGAUCCUUCUCCUUCUUCCCACUUCUCCUUCUUCAGCUUCAGCUUAUUACAGUAUUACCCAAACUCAGUCACAGUCUCAGUGACACUAGGAAUUAGCAACACCGAAGAAACUAAUGGCCGAAGGAAGAGAAGGGGAUUGGGAAUGCGGUGGAUGCAGAAACCGAAACUACGCCUUCAGAUCCUUCUGCAAUCGCUGCCGCCAGCCUCGUCUCCUCGUCGACACCAAAACCCCCGCAGACUCCAAAUGGCUCCCCCGUAUCGGCGAUUGGAUCUGCACCGGUUGCACUAACAACAAUUAUGCAUCAAGAGAGAAGUGCAAAAAGUGCGGACAAAAUAAGGAGUUAGCGGCAAUGCCGGCCAUUGCAAUGCCCGGAACUUCUCUCCCGGCUUAUUCAAAUUAUUUGGGCCGAGGCCAAGGAGGAUUGGAUCCAAAGAUGAGUUUUGGAGUGAUGGGGAAUGGUCCUCCACACCAGCCGUUUCCUCUGAACUCGAACUGGCCAGGGGUUGAUAAGUAUGGAGUCCAGCCGGGUUCUGCUUUGCCCGUAGGUGGAAUCCAUAAUGCUGGACUUCCGUAUGCAAACCCUGGUAAUGAGAUUCCGAAAGGAUUUCGCUCUGGUGACUGGAUAUGUAGCUGUGGUUUUCAUAAUUACCAGUCUCGUACCCAGUGCAAAAAGUGCAAUGCCUUUCCUCCAGCUCUUGGAAUCAAACGGUUAGCAUCUGAAGAGUUUGUUAACGACUGGGAUAACAAGAGAUUGAACUUGGGACAUGCAAUUGGGCAGCAGCAAUCUUAUCCUGGGUUUGAGGUGGUAGGGGCCAGGGGUCACCCCAUAGCUGGACCUUAUGGUCAUUAUCCUGGUCUGAGCUCAGUUGGGACUCCAAAUUUGCAAGUCCCCAUGCCAUUAACACAGCAUGCAACGACACCUACACUCUUUGGGAAAGGAGCAAAGCAAUGGCGUAAUGGGGAUUGGAUGUGCACAAAUUGCGACAAUCACAAUUAUGCAUCUCGAUUAAGUUGCAAUAGAUGCAAGACCGAAAGAGAUGCAGCUGCUCAGCCAGUCAAUGUCAUGUAGUCUUCAAAACUAAAAAGUAGUAUGAAUACUAUUGAAAUUUUGUUUCAGUUUUGCCUCUUGUACUUUGUGGAGGGAAAGAUGAACAAGGUCAUGUACACUUUUAGAUCUCUAUGGGAUAUAAAGAUAGUAGAUUGAUAUAUCAA